GUUAGGCGGGGGGAGCGGAGGAGUGAGGAACCCCGCAAGUCCAGCAAUAGGAACAGCAGCAGUAGACACAGAAAAGGGGCUGAAAAGAAGACCAAAACACUAAUAAAAGUUGGAGUUUGGACUGGUGGGACAUGGGGGUCUGGGCUGUCCUCCUUAUCUCUCUGUCCCAGGUUGAUUUGGGACGAGUAUGGUCACAAGAGCAAGAAGAUGCUUUGGUGAGCUGGGCGUCAUGGCGGACAGAUGAAGAGGCGACUGGUGUGCAAAAGAGAGAGACUCUGCACAGAGAAGCACGAAGCACAGUGGACACCAGUUCACUGUCGGUCAAUAUUACAAAAGUACUGGAGGACAACCAGAAUUACUACAGAUGGGAGAGUUAUGGACCCAAAGACAGACGAACAGAGGAACUGUGGGUAAAUUUGAGUGCGAGUCAAAUCAGAAUCCAUGGCAUCUUAUCCAACACACACCGACAAGCUGCGCGAGUAGCACUUUCCUUUGAUUUCCCCUUUUAUGGACACCACUUGAGACAAAUUAUUAUAGCAACAGGAGGCUUUAUCUUCAUGGGAGAGGUCAUUCACCAGAUGCUGACGGCUACACAAUAUGUCGCUCCACUAAUGGCCAAUUUUGACCCCAGUUUUUCAUCAAGCUCCACUGUGAGGUACUCGGACAAUGGAAAUCUCUUUGUGGUAGAGUGGGAUAAAGUGCGACUAAAAGACAGAGAAAACGAAGGAGCAUUUACAUUUCAAACCGUUCUUCACAAAAAUGGGAAAAUUGUUUUUAACUACAAAGAGAUCCCUAUUUUAGUGGCGGAAAUGAAUUCCACUGACCAUCCGGUGAAAGUGGGGCUCUCUGAUGCUUUCCUGGCCUUAGUGCCCUCCUCACUCAAUUCAGGUUCAACACAGCACACAAUCUACGAGUAUCAUCGUGUAGAAAUUGACCCCACGAAGAUUGUCAGUCAAUCUGCCAUUGAGAUUAUACCUUUGCCGACUUGUUCUCAGCACACAACAUGUGAACUGUGCAUGACAUCUAAUCUAACAACGGGCUGCGGAUGGUGCAACACAGUUCAAAGAUGCUCUGAUGGCAUAGACCGGCACAGACAAGAGUGGCUUGAAUUUAACUGUCCAGAAGAGUCAAAAGGCAGAUGUGAGGAUUAUAACCCAGUACCUGAGGAAACCACAGUGUCUCAUCUCGAGUCCUCUCCAACAGCUUCAACAAAGAAAGCAGCCAAGCUCGAAGACCACCCAUCCACCACAGAUGAAGAGUCCGACCCUUCUGAUGCCUCUGGGAUAUCGGAGAACACAGCAAUCAUCGCAGGGGUAGUGGCUGCUUUGGUUGUGCUCGUGGUUUUGACUCUACUGGCUGUGUACUACAUCAACACACACCCCACAGUGGCCCCACCAUUCUACCUCAUGCAGCGACACACAAACAACUACUGGCCCUCUAUGAAGUUUCGAAACCAGGGCUGCCACUCCAGUUAUGCUGAGGUUGAACUUGGAAGUCACGAAAAGGAAGGUUUCAUCGAAGCUGAACCAUGUUUUUAAUGGAUCUAGAAAAAAAUAUAUAGUGACACAAAAGGACAUAUUUUUGGACCUUUUGUUGAUGACUGUGGGAGACCUAGCCACCCACCGACUGGCUCCCUCCAUCCUCGGAUACUGGAUGGUGAUUACUGAAGCGGCCUCUGGUUUUACACAAGGGAAUUUCUAAAUAUCUGACGGCUGGUGAAGGAAAGCCUGGAAAAAGAAGACAUUUACAGUGCUGGGUGGGAAUAUGUGUAUAAAAUUAUCAUCAGGGAAAUGUGAGGGAACAAAUCAAACAAGCCUUCAUACUGCAAAUCCAUGUACAGAUCAAAUUUAUGAUGUGUAUUACAUUUUCUUUGUGUUCAUUUGUGUGAGAAUAUGUUGGUUUACAUUUAUUAAAAUUCCUAAAAAGUAUAAUAGCCUAGUAAUUUUGAAUUCUGGAAAAUUUUUGAUUUGUUUGAAUAGAUAUGAUGAAUGAACUUUCUUUGAUUAAUUAUGUUUUGUCUUUUAAUAAAAGCUGAAAAAUGUA